AUGCCCACUACAUCUGCAGAUGUAGUUGCCUAUACCACUGACGAGAAUGGAAAUGUGAUAGGUGGUACUGUUGAAAAUGGAAACUUGAUUAUUACUACAGACAAAAAUGAAAACUUGAUUACUACUACUGACGAAAAUGGAAAUUCUGUUGGUAUUACUGAUGUAAACGGUAACCUAAUUACUGCUACUAUCCAUCAAAACUACGCAAGUGAUACUACUGAAGCAAAUGAAAAUACAAUUGCUAUUACUAACGAAAAUGGAAACUUGAUUAAUACUACUGACGAAAAUGGAAAUUCUAUUGGUAUCACUGACGUCAAUGGAAACUUAAUUAGUGUUACUAGUCACCAUGAUUAUGUAAGUGAUACGACUGACGAGAAUGGAAAUUCUAUUGCUAGUGCUGAAAAUGAAAACUUUAUUAAUACUGCUGACGAAAAUGGAAAUUUGUUUAAUGAUACUGACGCUAAUGAAAAUUCAAUUGCUAUUACUGACAGAAUUGAAAACUUGAUAAAUACUCCGAGUCAUCAAGACUUUGUCAGUAAUACUAAUAACGAAAAUGGAAAUUCGAUUACUAUUACUGCGGAAAGUGGAAACUUGAUGAGUACUAUUAGUCAGCAUGAUUACGUAAGUAAUGCUAGCAAACAUGAAAAUUCAAUGAUUACCCCCGACAAAAAUGGAACUUCUGACAUAAAUGGAUACGCAAAUAAUUAUGGAAACUGGAAUUUUUCAACUAAUAAUGAUGAAAACUUGAUUGACGAUGAUGAUGAAUGUGAAAACUUGUUUGAUGCUUCUGGCGAAGAUUAUAAUUUGAUUGAUACUACUAAUCACCUUCAUAAUAUAGUUAGCGAAAAUGAUGAAAAUAGUUACUUGUUUGCAACUAUUAAUAAUUAUGGAAAUGGAAAUUCGAUUGGUACCACUAACAAAUAUGAAAACUUUAUGAGUACUAGUCAUAAUGAUUAUGCAAAUGAUACCACUGACGAAAAUGGAAAUUCGAUUGGUGUUAUUGGCCCAAAUGGAAACUUGAUUAGUACUAUUACCGAAAAUGGAAAUUCAAUUGGUAUUACUGACGUAAAUGGAAAUAUGAUUAAUACUACUGACGAAAAUGGAAACUCGAAUAGCACUACUAGUGUUUUCAAUGAAACUGAAAAUAUGACUGGUGCUGCUGAUACAAAUGAAUAUUCAAUUGGUUCUACUGACGGAAAUGGAAACUUUAUAAGUACUUUUAGUGAUCAUGAUUACGUAAGUAAUACUGAAGAAAAUGAAAAUUCGAUUGUUACCACUGACAAAAAUGAAACUUCUGAAAUAAAUGGAUAUGUUAUUGACGCUACGGAUAAUUAUGGAAAUUGGAUUUAUGCAACUAAUAAUUAUGAGAGUUUGUAUGAUGAUGAUGAUGAAUGUGAAAACUUAAUUGAUGACUUUAACAAAAAUAGAUAUUCGAUGGGUGCUGAUAAUGACGAGCAACUUGAUGUUCCAUUGUCAAGUGAUACUAAAACUAUGAAUGGCGGUGCAUUAGGUGAUAAUUUAAAGAUUGCUGAAAAUAAAGAUUCUGGUCUUUCGCAUAAUAAAACACCAUCGCAUCAUCAUAAUAAUGAUGGUAAAAACAAGAUCGAUUCUUUCGAAGAAAAUAAGAAUUUAAUUGCUGAUGCUCACGAAAAUGAGAACUUUAGAGGUGCUAUUGAUGAAUAUGGAAAUAUGGCUGUUGUUGACAACUUGAAUAAAAUUGCUGACAGUGAAAAUAUGAAUAAUGAUGGAAAACUUGGUGUUGCAUUGUCAAGUGAUACUAAACCUAUGAAUGGCGGUACAUUAGGUGAUAUUUCAAAGAUUGCUGAAAAUAAAGAUUCUGGUCUUCCGCUUAUUUUUACUCUUAAGGAUAUCAUAAAAAUUAAGCAUUACGCAUUAUUGCGUCGAUAUGAGACUGUUAUAAAUGAGGAAAAAACUAGCGAUCUUUUUAAAGAUAUAUUACAUCUGAAACUAUCAUGCAAUUCAUCAAUCGAUCUAAAAGAUUAUUUUGGUCCGUUUGAAACUAUUUAUGAAACAAAUCAUUCCGAUAGUUGUCAAACUAUUAACUUAGAUAUGAAUUUCAAUAAAAUUAAAAAUUCGAUUACGCAUCUACAUAAUAUGAAUAAAUUGUUAUUUGACCGAAAAUUAUUUGCCUCUAAGGAGAAUUAUUACUUUGAUAAAAUAUUUGCAAUACCUAAGCUAACUUCAAAUUGCAGUUUGGUUGAAGAGAACAAAUUAAGAAAUAACAGUUCAAAUGAUAUGCUAUUCACUGCUUUAGAAAAAAUCCAUUAUACAUUGCACUUCAAUUUUAAAGUCUUUUUAUAUACUGGUAACACCAACCCCAUAACCGAAAAUUUCUCUGAACAUACUUCCGAAUAUAUGGAGCACAGAACUAAUUUGGAAUCAGAAACUUAUGUUAGAGAAAGGAGAAACGCAGAACUCGAAUCAAAUAAAUCAAAUACUAUAGAUGCAUCUAGAAAAGUAGGAGGAAAGCUAUACUUGAUGCAAACAACUAAUUCAAUUCAAUAGAAACAUUAAACAAUUAUGAAAUAAACAUAAUUAUUAAUAAAUACUGGAGCACGAU